AUGAAAUACUAUGGUGGGACCCACUACCACCAGUAUCCUGACCAAGAUUGCGUAAAGAAUUUGCGAAUAACGGAUCCCCGAUCCGAUAAAUCUCGCGUCGAGAGCAAUAAGGGUGGACUUUUGAAGGACUCCUAUCGCUGGAUCCUCGGUCAUGCCGAUUUCAAACAGUGGCAAAAUGACCCAGAGAGCCGGCUACUCUGGAUCAAUGGCGAUCCUGGGAAGGGCAAGACGAUGUUACUAUGCGGAAUCAUCAAUGAGCUGACUGCGUUAACUGAUAAGGAUACGACCACGGUAUCGUUCUUCUUCUGCGAGGCCACUAAUUCUCACCUUAAUAACGCCACGGCGGUUUUACGCGGACUACUCUAUCUACUUCUCACCAAGCAGCCAGCUUUGAUCCCACAUAUACAAAAAGAGUACGAUAACGCUGGAAAACAGCUCUUCGAGGAUGUUAAUGCGUGGCACGCAUUAUCAAGGAUCUUCGCCGAUAUCCUAAAAGAUCAGCUCUUACAGAGCACUUAUCUAAUUAUUAAUGGACUCGACGAAUGCACCCACGACCGACCCCUACUUCUCGAUCUUGUGUCCAAAAAUUCAUCGGCGAAUCCGAAUGUCAAGUGGAUUGUCUCCAGUCGUAACUGGACGGACAUCGAAGAGUCUCUUGAUAAUACGGAUCAAAAAGUAAAGCUUUGUUUGGAGUUGAACGAAACCUUUAUCUCCGAAGCCGUGACUAUCUACAUUCACCAUAAGGUUCAGAUAUUGGCAAAGCUAAAGAAUUUUGAUGAGGGACUUCUUGAGGCGGUUCGCUCCCACUUAUUGUCAAACGCAUAUGGUACUUUCCUUUGGGUGGCCUUAGUCUGUGAGGAGCUCAAGAAAGGCAGAGCGCGGAACGCCUAUAAACUACUGACUGCUUUUCCAGUAGGGCUAGAUCCACUGUAUAGGCGGAUGAUAGAGCAUAUUCAAGACUCGGAGGACGCAGAGGAUGCAGAGAUUCGCCUACGUAUCUUGGCCGUCGUCGCUAUCGUGUACCGCCCUAUUACGCUUGAAGAACUACCGGCCUUGGUCGAACUACCCGAGUAUUUCUCUAAAAAUGACCAAAAUUUAGCAGAUUUAAUUAGGGACUGUGGUUCCUUUCUGAGACUCUGUGGCCGUACAGUUUUUCUAGUUCACCAAUCUGCAACAGACUUCCUGCUUAGAGAAGCAUCAAAUGAAAAGUUUUCCGUUUUCCCCCAGGGCAUCCAAGCCAAACAUCACGAAGUCUUUUCGCGGUCUCUACAGGCCAUUUCCGAGAUACUCCGACGCGAUAUCUACAAUAUUAAACAUCCUGGAUUUCCGAUUGAACAAGUCAGACAACCUAAUCCGGAUCCGUUGGCAAAAGCACGGUACUCAUGUAUCUAUUGGGUCGACCAUCUACAGGAUUGUGAUUCUAGCCCAAAUAUCAAUCAGGACCUUCACGAAGGUGGCGCCGUGGAUGAUUUUCUCCGUCGGAAAUAUCUCCAUUGGAUCGAAUCCCUUAGUCUUCUCAGAAGCAAUUCUGAAGGCAUAGCGGCGAUAGUCAAGCUUGAUAGCUUACUCUGGGUCAAAAAGGGUAUUUCAGUGGCACUUUUGAAGCGAGUGGGUGAUGCAUCUCGAUUUAUCCGAUACCAUAGGCUGGCGACGGAGAAUAGCCCCCUUCAAGUAUAUAGCUCAUCGCUAAUAUUUAGCCCAACCCAGAGCAUAACUAAAAUCUGCUACCAAACGGAGAGACCAGGCUGGCUUGUCAAUGAAUCAGUGAUAGCAGAUGAUUGGAGUCCAUGUCUUCAAACCCUUGAGGGGCAUAGCGGCAGGGUGGAGUCAAUUACCUGGUCGCCGGAUGGAAGCCGACUCGCAUCAGGGUCAUAUGAUCAGACUGUUAGGAUCUGGGACCCGGUCACUGGCGAGUGUAUGUCAACCCUCAAGGGGCAUAGCGACGACGUCACGUCAAUUGCCUGGUCGCCGGAUGGAAGUCGACUCAUAUCAGGGUCAUAUGACCAGACCGUCAGAAUCUGGGACCCGGUCACUGGUCAGUGUAUAUCUACUAUUGAGGGGCAUAACGGCUUGGUAAGGUCAAUUACCUGGUCGCCGGAUGGAAGCCGACUCGCAUCAGGGUCAAAUGAUCAGACCGUUAGGAUCUGGGACCCAGUCACUGACCAGUGCAUAUUCACCCUCGAGGGGCAUAGCGACGACGUCACGUUAAUUACCUGGUCGCCGGAUGGCAGCCAACUCGCAUCAGGGUCAGAUGAUCAGACCGUUAGGAUCUGGGACCCAUGCAUAUUCACCCUCGAGGGGCAUAGCGACUGGGUCACGUCAAUUGCCUGGUCGCCGGAUGGAAGCCGACUCGCAUCAGGGUCAGAUGAUCAGACUGUUAGGAUCUGGGACCCAUGCAUAUUCACCCUCGAGGGGCAUAGCGACUGGGUCACGUCAAUUGCCUGGUCGCCGGAUGGAAGCCAACUUGUAUCAGGGUCAGAUGAUCAGACCGUCAGGAUCUGGGACCUGGUCACUAGCGAGUGCAUGUUAACCCUCGAGGGGCAUAUCGACUUAGUAAGGUCAAUUACUUGGUCACCGGAUGGCAGCCGAGUCGUAUCGGGGUCAGAUGAUCAGACCAUCAGAAUCUGGAACUCGGUCACUGGCCAGUGCAUAUCAACCCUCGAGGGGCAUAACGGCUUGGUUAGGUCAAUUGCCUGGUCGCCGGAUGGAAGCCGACUCGCAUCAGGGUCAAAUGAUCAGACCGUCAGGAUCUGGGACCUGGUCACUGGCCAGUGUAUGCCAACCAUCGAGGGGCAUAGCGACGACGUCACGUCAAUUGCCUGGUCGCCAGAUGGCAGCCAAGUCGCAUCGGGAUCAGAUAGUCAGAUAGUUAGGAUCUGGGACCCGGUCACUGGCCAGUGCAUAUCAACCCUCGAGGGGCAUACUGGCUUGGUUAGGUCAAUUACCUGGUCGCCGGAUGGAAGCCAACUCGCAUUAGGGUCAGAUGAUAAGACCGUCAGGAUCUGGGACCCGGCCACUAGCCAGUGUAUAUCAACCCUCGAGGGGCACAAUGGCUUAGUUAGGUUAAUUACCUGGUCGCCGGAUAGUAGCCAACUCGCAUCAGGGUUAGAUGAUCAGACCGUUAGGAUCUGGGACCCGGUCACUGGCCAGUGUAUAUCAACCCUUAAGGGGCAUACCGGCUUAGUUAGGUCAAUUGCCUGGUCGCCGGAUGGAAGCCGACUUGCAUCAGGGUCAAAUGAUCAGACCGUUAGGAUCUGGGACCCGGUCACUGGCCAGUGCAUACCAACUAUCGAGGGGCAUAGCGACGACGUCACGUCAAUUACCUGGUCGCCGGAUGGAAGCCGACUCACAUCAGGGUCAGAUGAUCAGACCGUCAGGAUCUGGGACCCGGUCACUGGCCAAUGCAUAUUCACCCUCGAGGGGCAUAGCGACUGGGUCAUAUCAAUUGCCUGGUCGCCGGAUGGAAGCCGACUCGCAUCAGGGUCAGAUGAUCAGACCGUCAGGAUAUGGGACCUGGUCACCGGUCAGUGCAUGUCAACCCUUCCUGUUGGUUCUCCUGAGGGUCUUCGAUUUGACAAAGUCAAUCUGAAUCAUCUACAUACUAGUGUUGGAACAUUCAAUCUCGAAAAUGGUGUCUCUAUCAAGACUUCCCUUGACCGUUCGGCUCUCCUGCCACAUCAAACAGGGUAUGGCUUUAGUGAUAACCUUGCCUGGAUAACCUAUAGAGGAGAAAAUCUUCUAUGGUUGCCCUCAGAGUAUCGGCCGACCGUUUUCUCAUCAUCGGCCAUAGCGUUAAAUCUGGCAAUCGGCUGUUCGUCGGGUCGCGUCUUAAUCUUUAGAUUCUCGAAGAAGCUCGGCGCCGAACAUCCUGACACGCUAGCGAGUAUGACCAAUCUAGCCCAUACCCUAAGGCCAUCGGGUCAAGACAAAGCCGCUUCGUAG